CAAGGGCGUACGUGUCAAACUUAAAAACUAACUGUCAAGAUACGUGGUCGGUUUAUCAUCUGAGUCCAAUCGCUAAACAAAUUGUUUAAUUUGUCGCCUAGAAAGGCCAAAUACUUGUGAUUUUCGCCAGCCGGAGGCUGCUGUGAUACAAUGGGCCUUUGCAAGUGCCCAAAGCGGCGCGUCACGAAUCAAUUCUGCUUCGAACAUCGCGUCAACGUCUGCGAACAUUGCAUGGUAACAAACCACGCAAAAUGUAUUAUUCAAUCAUAUCUGCAAUGGCUGCAAGACUCUGACUACAAUCCCAUCUGUGAAUUGUGCAUGAAUGAGUUGAAUACUGAGGAUUGUAUAAGACUGACAUGUUAUCAUGUUUUUCACUGGAGAUGCUUGGAUCACUACUCCAGGCAUCUGCCAGCAACUACAGCUCCAGCAGGCUAUACCUGUCCAUCCUGCAGGACAGCAUUGUUCCCACCACAUAAUUUAGUCAGUCCAGUGGCUGAUGUGUAGGAGAAGCUAGCUGGUGUGAAUUGGGCCAGAGCAGGGCUAGGCUUACCAUUAUUAUCAGAAGAUCGCGAAGUAAAACCAAUUCUACCACCAGCGGGUCAUAAUUCCAAUCGUGUUUCGGCAUCUCCAUCACCCACAAGCUCGCAGUACUCCGUUGUACACGUGGAUGAACAGUCUCCGAUGAUAAUCCGUGAGAAAACCGAAGUUUACCAGGCAGCGCGUCGCGGAUUCCAAGAUAUACGCGAAACGCAGGGGAAAGUAUUCGACCACGAUGAUGAUAAGUACAAACGACGGCCGGCUUCCGAAUGGCUACGUCGUUGGUUCAAGAAUACAUUAGGACCACAACCACAUCGUGGCGGAUCAAUAUACCGUCGAUAUUUCAUGCUGAUGUUCAUCGUUUGCUUGGUGAUUGUCGUGCUGUUGCUGAUGAUGUCCCGCUUGGGACAUUACUACACCGACAACGAUCCUUCGCUGGAUAUGAUGAAGAAUCCACAAUUGCACGUGGAGGCCAUCGACCACCAGUCGAACAAUUUAUAAUUUAUUCCAAAAAUGAAUCCGGGGGCGCAAUUUAUGUUCUAAUGUAUUCUAAUUAAGUCAAAAAAUAGAUUUUAUAAAAGAUU